AUGGCUCUAAACGUCAACCGCGCUGUAACCGACCCAUUCUACCGCUACAAAAUGCCCAAGCUUCUCGCGAAGGUGGAAGGCAAAGGCAACGGUAUCAAGACUGUUGUAGCGAAUAUGUCUGAGAUAGCUAAAUCACUUGAACGCCCUCCUAUGUAUCCAACAAAAUACUUUGGCUGCGAGUUGGGCGCUCAAACAAAUUACGACGCGAGAAACGAGCGUUACAUCGUCAAUGGUGAACAUGACGCAGCGAAGUUGCAAGAUAUCCUGGAUGGUUUCAUCAAGAAGUUUGUUCUCUGUCCAGCAUGCGAUAAUCCGGAAACUGCUCUGUCGGUGCGGCGCAAUCAGAUUCACAGCAAGUGCAAAGCUUGUGGCCAUGCGUUUGUUAUCGACAGCCGUCAUAGGUUGUCAACGUACAUUCUNCUGGAUGGUUUCAUCAAGAAGUUUGUUCUCUGUCCAGCAUGCGAUAAUCCGGAAACUGCUCUGUCGGUGCGGCGCAAUCAGAUUCACAGCAAGUGCAAAGCAUGUGGCCAUGCGUUUGUUAUCGACAGCCGUCAUAGGUUAUCAACGUACAUUUUAAAGAAUCCACCGAAGGUUGAAGUUGACUUCUCCAAGGACAAGCAGCAAAAUGGUAACGGGCAUGUGAAAGAAGACGAUUUUAGCGUGGAUUCAAAUGGAGAUAAGAACAGUUCGAACGACGACGACGAUGAUGACUGGGCACCGGAGGAGGAUGAAGCACCGAAUACAAAACUAGCAGCUGGUAUUGGAAAGCUUGUUAUAGACAAGGAUCUGGACAAGAGCAUUGAAGAACGACUGGAUAUGUUGCACCGUUUCUUCGUUGAAGCCAAGGAGAAAGGAACAAUUGGCGAUGGAAAGGCUUUGGCCGAUGAAGCGGAGCGUCUAGAGUUGAAGCAGAAAGCUCCGCUCCUUCUUGCCGAUGUACUUCUCGAUCAGGACAUUAUAAAAGAUGGAUUGGCGCAGCUAAAGAAUAAUAGAAGGGUGCUACUGAGGUUUACACUGGGAGACAAGAAGGCACAGCGUUACCUUUUGGGUGGAAUCGAGCAACUAAUUAUGAAACAUGAGGCGGUUUUGUUACCGAAAGCCGCGCACAUUAUCAAAGGCCUCUACGACAACGACAUUUGUGAGGAAGAGGCAAUACUCGCAUGGGGCGAUAAGCCCUCUUCGAAAUACGUUACGAAGACACAGUCGAAGAAGAUAAUUCAGAAGUGUGAAGCUGUUCUCACUUGGCUGAGAGAGGCAGAAGAGGAAGACGAUGAUGACGAGUCUGAUGACGAGAUCGAUUUUGACGACCGUAAUCAGAAGACAAGCGUCUACGCAGAAAAGGCCAAGGCUGAAGCAGCGAAAGAGAUCAAAGUCAAAGUUGACGAUGGAGUGGAGAUCGACAUCGAUGACAUUUAG